AUGGCGCGUGUUCUUCUCCUAACCGCUCUGCUGGUCGUCUCAGUGGCUCUCGUUUAUGGGCAGUUUGAAGUUAGUGAGACUCAGGGUCAGAACUGUGGCCACUACGUUGCGUUCACACAACUCCAGCCUAGCAAUGUCGGUGGCCUCCAUCUCCGCGGAAAUAUUAUGUUCGUCGUCGCCAACCGACUCCCGUCCGUCACUCGCAUGAUCGUCCACCGCUUCCCGUCGUCUAUCUCUGACAUUCUCAACGACCUCCACACCAAGCCCGAAGACAUGGAGGAGUCGUCCGAGUCUGCCGAGUCGACCGACUCUUCUGAGACUUCCGAAUCCUCAGACGAGGAGAUUCCCACUCCCGUCCCUAUUGAAAACGGGGAGGAGGAUGCGUUUGCAACGGGCGGUGAAUCCAGCAUCGUUACCAACGUGACUCCCGAAUCCUCGGACGAGGAGAUUCCCACUCCCGUCCCGAUCGAAAACGACGAGGAGGAUGCGAUUGCUACAGGCGGUGAAUCCAGCACGGUUACCAGCGUUUCUUCGGAAACGACUCGUGACGAGGCCACCGAGGAUACCGAAACGGAAAACGUCCGAAUGUUGACGGCUGAAGAUGAUAGCGACGCUGCCGUCACUGCCGACCCCGCCUCCGACGAGCGUCUCCCGACGGAAACGGAUGAUGCUGCUGCUGCAAAACGCUCGGAUCCGCUGACGUCCGCGUUUGAAGCGUUUGUACUCUCUCGCGAUUGGACUAAGAAGCUCGACCUCGACGACCUGUUCUCGAUGAUUCCACCGCAGGAUCAGUCCUCAAAGCAUAUGCAGUUGUUCCAGGAGUUUGUCAAGGCCGCGAAGGAGUUCCAGAGCAACGCGCAGACUGCUCAAGAGCAGGAUGAAAGCUCGGAGAGUGGGGACUCGGAGAAUGAGAGCUUGGAGAAUGAGAGCCCGGAUUAUAUGGUUGACCAGAUGCUCCCUGACCAGGUGGAUGGUGAUUUAACGGAAUAUCUCAGCAAACUCGACAGCCCGACGGCUGUUCCCGUGGACGAUGAUGACUCCGCAGUUUCAGGCGACGAUGCUGUGGUGACAGUUGUGGACGACUUCUACCCCUUCCCCAACCUUCUUCCCGGGUGGACCGUCGCCAACAUUGUUGGCCUGGUUAUUCUCGGGCUCGCCUUUGUCUUCCUGGUGACCAUGAUGAUUCUCAGCCUCGCCUCCAUUAUCUAUGGCUGUGCUGAUCCCGAGGAUGAUGACUCGACCGUUCUGCUUUAUGAGGACAACACCAAGACCCCCCUUCUGAAGUCAUAUGUUGUGGAGUACUCCUCACCCAGGGGACAGCAUGUGAACCCAGUGGCCAAGUAUGUGCCCCCAGUGGCCAAGUAA